AUGGCUGGAAGGAAUGACGCUGCAAUGGCUGCCGCAAUGCAAGCGAUGGCACAAGCUGUGCAGAACUUGCCAAAUGCUGGUGGAGAAGCUGGAUCACGUAGCUUGGCGACUUUUCAAAGAGAGAAUCCGCCGGUGUUUAAAGGGAAGCAUGAUCCAGAUGCAGCCUUGGGAUGGUUGAAAGAGAUCGAGAGAAUCUUCCGUGUUAUGGAUUGCACUCCAGCUCAGAAGGUUCGAUAUGGUACUCACAUGCUAGCAGUCGAAGCUGAUGACUGGUGGCUAGAGACUCACGAGAGGUUGACCGUGGCAGGUGAAGUCAUUACUUGGGAGGUAUUCCGUAGGGAAUUCAUGAGAAAGUAUUAUCCGGAAGAUGUCCGGGGUAAGAAAGAAAUUGAGUUCCUUGAACUGAAGCAAGGAAACAUGUAUGUCACUGAUUAUGCUGCAAAAUUUGUGGAGUUGUCCAAAUUUUAUCCUCAUUACACUGGUGCUGGUGCUGAAUUUUCAAAGUGCAUCAAGUUUGAAAACGAAGACAAUAAUGCUCAUUACAAGAUUGUCAGUGACCGCAGGGGCAAGCAACAUCAAAACCGUGGCAAGCCGUAUGAUGCCCCAGUGGGAAAAGGGAAACAAGGAGCUGCUCCGGCUCAGAGGACUAGUAGGGGAGGUGCUCCUGCUGGUAUAGUUUGUUUCAAAUGUGGUCAGGCUGGUCAUAAGAGUAAUGUAUGCACUGCUGAAGUAAAGAGGUGUUUUCGCUGUGGUAAGACUGGCCAUGCAAUAGCUGAUUGCAAGCACAAGGAAAUGAUUUGUUUUAAUUGUGACGAAGAAGGGCAUAUUGGAAGUCAGUGUCAGAAGCCAAAGAAAUCUCAAACUGGAAAGGUGUUCGCAUUGACCGGAACUCAAACCUCCAGUGAGGACAGACUUAUCCGAGGUACAUGUUUCAUAAAUGGUACUCCUUUAAUUACUAUUAUUGAUACCGGUGCUACACACUGUUUUAUUUCUGCUAACUGUGCUCGAAGACUGGGUUUAAAAUUGUCCGCUUUGGAUGGUGAAUUGAUUGUUGAGACCCCAGCUAAGGGAUCAAUAACUACUUCUUUGGUAUGUUUAAAAUGUCCUUUGUCGAUCUUCGAUAAAGAUUUCUAUGUUGAUUUAGUAUGUUUGCCGUUGGAUGGGAUGGAUGUAAUUCUUGGUAUGAACUGGUUAGAGUAUAAUUAUGUUCAUAUAAAUUGUCAUCAUAAGUCGGUGAGGUUUUCCACUCCUGAAGAGGAAGGAGUUGACUUAUUACCUUUCAGAGAAUUGCGAAAAUUGAUGAAAGAGGGAGCUCAGAUGUUUUCUUUGAUGGCGACGUUGUCGGUUGAGAGUAAAGCUAAGAUUGAGGAACUGUUAGUGGUGAAAGAAUUCCCUGAAGUUUUUCCUGAUGAAAUUCCUAGUGUGCCGCCAGAGAGGGAAGUUAAAUUUACUACUGAUCUGGUACCUAGUACUAGGCCUAUUUCGAUGGCACCUGAUGGUUCAUCUUUACCAGUCUGGUGGAGCUCACCGGGGAAGAAGACCGGAGCUCUGCCUCCGACGAUGAUAUGGCUUGCAUCUGGACAAUGGGAUCUAAUUCUCACGUUUUAA